AUGACUGUAAAUGAAAACACCUUAAGUGAUUCUAUGGACAAAUUCUGCAAACGCAUGAAACAAUGGAGUCAUGGUGAAGGUGAUUCCAUUCGUCAUGCUUUCAGUCUUGGUCAAUUACUACUAAGGGCGAAUCCAAGUUCGAGAGACGCAGAUGGUACCACACGUGGUAUAUUUCUAAUCGGUGAUCAGAAUGCUGCGAAAUCUACCACUGUAAAUAGUAUUAUAAAACAAGUUACUCUCCAAAUGAGCGGCAAUACUGACAUUAAAAUCAUUGAACAUCG